AUGGAUGCCAAUCGAGUCCGCUAUUUGCUGAGCUUACCCAAGGUCCGAGAGGAGCUGCAACGGCAUGGUUACGUGUUUUCCGACAGUGGCAAUUGGGUAGCGAACGAUCCCGAUAACGACCAUCGCGGCGAUAUCAACAAUCUCCCACCCGCCGCUCUGCAUAUCCUUAAGGCUUUCAAGAUCGAUAAUGCCCACGUCCCUCAGCCUCCUGAGAUUAUCCCCCAGGAAUACCAGCAGGAUACCAGCGCCAAACAGAGCUUCUACGCGUACGACGAAAUAAACCACGAACUUGACCUCAUCGCUCGUUAUACGUACGGCGAUACCGAGCACACCACCCAAAACGCGAAUCAGGCCCCAAGUAUUCCUCAGGAAUAUCAGCAAGGCUGCGAUGCCACUGAUGCUGUCGCUGAUAGCGGUAUAUAUUACGAUGUGAACGACGUCGACGCCGACGGCGAGGAUGAGGGCGAUACGUGCUACGUCCGCGUCGUCUGUCAUCGCAGCCCCGGCCUCGAACUCGGUCUCUCCGGCCCCGACUCCAACUCCAUCUCCGGUUCCCACUUCGACUCCAGCUCCGGCUCCGAAUCGGGCCGCCUCCCUCCCCCGGACUCGGGUCGACCUCCGCUGCCCCCGGGUUUCCGAUACGCUGGUAACUGGACCUUGGGGCCCGGCUGGCCCUCUAAUCGGCCGGUCAACCCUCCUCCUCGUAAGAACAAGACAACGAACAGAGAUACCAAGGCCUCGCGAGAAGCCCACGCCGGCUGGAAGUACUGCGCCUUUUGUUCAUCUUGGGUGUGGGACGUCUGCUUUGUGCGCGGAUCGCCUCCGUUCUCUGGAACCGCCUGCAAUCACUGCGAACGGAGGACCGCCAAGAGCGCCAAGCGGAGGCAACAGGCCAACUUCGAUGCCCUGAACUGGCUGAUUGAGUGGCAGCCGCUUGUGGUCAAUGGAAAGCAGAGUGACCCGGGUCAUAUCCGCGAGGAGAAGCCUACCAAGCGAAGGAGGCCUGGUUAG